GAAGAGCGAAGUGCGAAGACCUCGAAAUUGGAAAACCAGUCUUGAGAUUUAUGAUUUUAUAUGUUAGAGUCCUGGAGCUUGGUAGAAGUAGAAGCCCUCUAGCCUAGAGCUAGGCUAGUAUUCAACGGUCCUAUUGUAGCCUAGGCUAGUAUAAGACUAUCUAUUCAAUUCUAAUCAAACUUUUCAAAAUGCCUUGCACCUGUGUUGUGUAUAAGUGUAGGAACCGAUAUAAGGCUGCAGCGGACAGGAGUUUUCAUCUUUUCCCCAUAUCCGAUCCAGAGCGCUGUAAGCAAUGGAUCAGCAAUGUUUCACGUGUGGAGAGUAAUGGAAAGCCUUGGGUGCCAUCAAAGCACUCACGAAUAUGCAGUGAUCACUUUUUACCCAGUGACUUCAAAAUAGGCACUAAAAUUAAAGAAUUGGAAAAGGACGCUGUGCCAACAGUAUUUCCCACUCAUCCACCUCACAUACGGGUAAAAUUCAAAACCCGUCAACAGCUUCCAAAAAAGACCCACCCUGAACCUUCUCAAAAUAUACGAACAAGAUCCGCUCCGCCAAAUGAGCCCAUAAUGCUCACAAACACCACCGGUCGACUGCCUCCAAAGAAGCGCCGCCAUGAACCUCCUCAAAAUAUGCAGACGGCAUCCACUCCACCAGUUGAGCUAACAAACACAACUGAACAACUGCCUCCAUCACAAAGGCAGAGCCCUGAACCUCCUCAAAUUACUCAAAAUGGACAAACGGCAUCCGUUCCACCAGGCAAGCCCAUUAUGCACAACACAGACCAUUCGUAUCCUGUGCCUGACCUAGAAACUGUUUUGGAAAAGACAAAGAAAAGGCUCCAAAAGGUUGAAGAAAAGCUUGCACAAAAUAACAAAAUAAUUAAAAGUUUGCACUCAAGGCUUCAUCGUCGAGACCGUAGAAUUUCAAAGCUACUCAGCAUCAUAAAAGAACGGAAAAUACGUUCUCUUGAGCAACAUGAACAUUGCAGUGUGAUAAUAUAUGACACUGCCAGUAACUCAUACAUGGAGACACUGGACAUGGAAGCAGUGGACAUGGGACCUUUGACCGUCAAUGACAUGGAGACACCACUGGACAUGGGACCUUUGACUGUCAAUGACAUGGAGACACCACUGGACAUGGAGACACCACUGGACAUGGAGGCAGUGGACAUGGGACCUUUGACUGUCAAUGAGGAUGGUACUUUAGCUGGUCAAAGUUAAACUGUUAUGGUGGGUGGCAGUGAAAAACAUUUUAAGCAGCAUGUAGACUGUUUUCUUCUUAUUGACAAUAUUACUGCAGAAACUCAAGCACAUAUUGUUAGGGGUGCACUCAUUUUUCUGUGUGAAGCUCGCUACAUGUAUGCAGUCUAUGGUGUUAUGUGGGGGUGGAAAUUGCACAAAUCAGUCAACAGUAUUAUCACUGCACUGGGGUGUAAAUUACAGUGCAGCCUCUCCAUAGUAUAACGACAUCGUCGGGACCAGAAAAAAUUGAUCGUUAUAAUAGAGACUUGUGUCAUUAUAGAGAGGCAAAAUAUUAUGAUAAAUAAAAGGAAAAAAUCUGGUCCUGGGCACCAUGUCGCUAUACAGAGGAUGUCAAUAUAUCAACGGUUGUUAUAGAGAGGCCGCACUGAAGAUCCUCAUGAAAUGAAAAAUUGGUUUGAGCUCCAACAACAAAAGAGCAAGGGUUUGGGGGGAGGGGGGGUGUUGUCUUUGAUGCAUGUCACCUUUUUUAAAAUGUUAGAAACUGUCUAUCAACCCAUCUGUUGAUUUCAAGUUCUCUCUCUCUCUCUCUCUCUCUCUCUCUCUCUCUCUCUCUCUCUCUCUCUGUCCAUCCCUCUCUCUCUUUCCCUCCCUCGUUCUACCCCUCCCUCUCUCUUUUAAGGUCAAGCAAGUGGUAGUGACAUGGAGUUUAGAUGGGUGGUCACAGGGGUGUGUCCUUGAGCAA